CUGAAAUUGACUCUCUGCGGGGAAGCGAUUUGGAUAUCAGAGCGUACGAAGAAAACACCGUCCGGCGGGAAAGUGAUGACGUUAUUGAGGAUCCGUUUCUUUACAUCGAUCACCUGCAAAAUGUCUCCGGCGCUCGUCCCAAACAAGCCCGCCUUUUCUAUGAUGAAGAGCUGUUCCUUCUCCGUCGUCCAAAGGAGCCGCCACGUGGCAGAUAGAGAGUCGCCUGUGGUGAUGGAGCUACGGCCGAUUACCGCCAUGGAUUCGAUGGCAUUCACGAUUGCGUCUCUCUUCGUGGCGUCUUUCUGGGUUCUCAGACCUCGAUCCUCCUCCGAGAUCAGCUUCAGCAGCUUUCGCUUGGCUCGUUGUGCUGGAUUCGCAAAGAUUGAGCAGCUUGUUCGAAAAGCGCCACGACGACUGCGGAGUGGAGCAGCAGGAGGAGGAGGACGACAGGCCGAGAGCAGCGCGACAGCCAUGUUUGCACUUCCAUUGGUUGAGGUUGCGAGUUACUUAGAAGAAGAUUAUCUUUUAUUAUUGGGCUUUAAAAAGCUAAAGCCCGUUCGGUUUGAGGAAAUGGAAAAAAUGAACAAGGCUUUUUUGCUUUUAUCUCAUGAGGCCAAAGCGCAAGCCCAAUCGAAGAGCGUGCACGUGCGUGCUUCUUUGUCACGUGUCUACCUACCCCCACAGAAGCGGCUUCGCCUUGCUCGUCAAAGAAAAAAAAACAAAGCUUCAAGUUUUUCUCCUCCUGUCACUAAAUUUUGUGGUACCAGAUACGAGAUAAUGAUGAUGAACCUUCUGAGGAGAUCAGCGAUGGCCAUCGGCCGCCAAUCCAAGUCGAAACUGACUUCGUUUUCUUCCUCCGCUUCUUCACAACCUUUUUCUGGAAUCCCAAAAUCGUUGAUAAGCGUUUUACAAAGAGGAGCAUCAAGACGGGCCAUUACUGGUUUGGGUCUCACGAGUCUGGACUCCGCUGGAGCUAUUGGACUGUUGUUUCGCCCCCAAGCAAGUAUAUGUACGGAAACUCGUCUAAAGAAGAUCAACUCAUCUUACCUUACUAGAUCUUUUGCAUCAACAACUUCUAAAGCACCUGGGAAUCAGCAGAAUAAGGCUAAGAAAGAGGUGACGACUGUGGAGGAUCCUUUUGAUUCUCCUACAUACCACAUCCCUGAGAAACCGGUGACCUUUACAGAAGGUGCUUCCUACAGUCUUGUUAUUCUGGCUGGGCUUGGGGUUGCCGGAGCUGCUGGGUACGGUGUGUUUAAAGAGCUCAUAUUUCAACCAAAAGAGUACAAGAUCUUUGACAAAGCCCUGAAGAGAAUUCAAGAUGAUGGUCAGGUGAGGGUUAGGAUUGGAUCCCCCAUCAAAGGCUACGGACAAGAAACUAGAAACCGAGCUGCUCGUCAACGUAUACCCAACAGAGUAUUUACAGAUGAAGACGGAGUUGAGCAUGUUGAGGUAAACUUCUACAUCCGUGGGACUCAAGGAGCGGGGAAAGUGUACACGGAGAUGUUUAAAGACAAGGCAGAGAAUGAGUGGAAAUACACGUACCUGAUCGUAGAGAUUCUGACACCUUCCCCAGCCAAAUUGAUGCUGGAGUCUUAUUUGCCCGCCUAAACACUCAGUAUAUUUUAUGGUUUGAGUUUAUUCCGGAAAACAUUCAUAAACGGCUAAGAUUGUUUUAGUUGGGUGUUUGGAGAAAGGAAAGAAUUGUGUUACACAUGAAUGACUUGUUGUUGUUAUCAA